GAGCUCUGUAGAAGUGAGGCCUUAACGCAGUGGCUCUGUUUUGAUUUCCAGACACUGCGCAUUCUUUGAUCAACAACGCCUCAUCAGACUCACAUGCCUCAGAAGAGGGAGAAGAGAUAGGUGGAACAGAGGAGAAAGAGAGAGAGAGGGAGAGGGAGACUAAAGUGGUCUACGAAAGCUAGAGCUCAGCUGAUCCGAGCCGACUGGACCACUGGAGGCCUCAGUUUGGCCACACAGCGUCUGACGUUCAAGGGAAGCGGUGAGGGUUCUUCUAGAAGUGGUCAAAAAGAAAGACAAGAUUCCAGACGCUGGAGAAGACUGUAGAAGUGGAAUUAAUACUGGAAUAUUAAGCCGGAAUCUAGAACUCUCCAGUGGAUCAUGGAGAAUGGCAAAGUAGAAGAUGCAGAUGGACACAUGGAUGACACAGACUUGCAUAUGGUCCAGUUGCAGGCCCUGUGGGCAGAGCUAAAGGUGGGACUUGGGGGUGUUGUCCAGGAAGUCACAGCAUUGCAGCAGAGCAACAGACGAUUGGAGGAGAAAGUCUCCGCCUGCCAGAGGGAGACAGGCGAGAAGAUCCUGUCACUGAGAAAUACUCUCAACACACUCCAGGAGGAUAUGAGCAGUGCUCUGACUCAGAUCUCUGAACUCAGCUGCACAUACAAAGAGCUCCAGAGAGAAGUGGAGUUAGUGCAGAACACACAACACAGAAAAUUCUCCAGGGGAGAGGGGUCAACUGAUGGCCACACCCCUCUCUGCAGCCAAACAGAACUGAGCCUUAUUCAGCAUUACAUCAGCAGCCUGCCAGCCAGUCAGAACUCUAACUCUGAGCAGGAUUCGUUGAGGAAUCGCUCCAGAUCUCCAGUGUGGAGAGAAAGGAAAGACAGCAGAGACCUGACAGAACAGGACAACCAGGAGAUGAGUCGAAGGCAGAUGGCUGCUUUAGAGCUGUUGGAGUCUGAGAGAGUGUACGUUUCGUAUCUUUCUCUGCUGCUGAAGGCCAACAUCAGCUUCAACGGCUGUGAAAACAACCUAAAAGAUAAACGGCCGUUUCCCUCUUCCUUGCGCUUUCUGAUCCAGCAGCACUUGGAGCUUCUGCACCUCCUUCAGGAGCGCGUGCUGAAGAGCCACUGGCAAGGCAUCAUGGGAGACGUAUUUCUGAGGCUCACCAGUAAAGAGAGUGAUUUUCUGGACCACUAUGUGUCGUAUCUGAAGGAACUGCCAGAGUGUCUCUCAGUCGUCAGCUCGUUCUCCUCAAACUCCUCAAAGUCAGGUGGCCUACUAGAGGGUGACAUCACAGGAGAUGAGACACGCCCACCCCUGCAUACUCUUCUGCUCCAGCCGGUUCAGCGUAUCCCAGAAUACCUUGGGCUCCUGCAGAGUUUGCUGCGGCAGACGGAAUCGGAGCAUCCUGAUUAUUAUCUGCUGCUGGUUUGUGUGCAGCACCUUCGCUCCUUCACCGCUCAGUACAGCCACCUCCUCCAGCACAACCAGGAGCUCCUCACACACUCACACACGCACGCCUUGAGAGAGCGCGCACACAACCUGUGCACACACCAGCAGGAGCGGGCCACGCACACUCGCAAAGACCUCAGCAGAUCGUCAGUAAAGCAGCUGUAUAAAGUGGACUAUGAGAGCUCCUCAAACUCCAGUGCACUAAUCGAUCCAGUUCAUGGUCUGAGACGAAGCAAGCAGGCAGCAGUCCGUCGUUACCCAGACUGGGAGGCAGAGCCUCAUCGUUACCAUAGCGAUGUCCCAUCUCCUGUUUCCUUUGUGUCCGACUCGGAGUCCCACCACAAAUCUCCGCCCCCUCCGCUGCACAGCAUCCCAGAGGCGGAGGGGACAGGGUCUUCUGCCUUGGCCAAUGCCAUGGGGGUGUUCCUUCCCUAUGGAGGCGAAGACUCUCGCUGCUCAAGCCCCUCCCACUCCUCAGACUCCAGCAUCGAUAUUGCUUUUGUGCGUUGCAGCCCCUCCCCUGGCCCAGGGCACCAAUUACAUGGCAAUGGCCGGAGCUCUGGAGGCGGGGUUUACAGGCCCAACCGCAGCUGUGUGUCGCCCGACUCGGCCGGCAUGAUGAGGCCACGCCCCCUGCAGGCAGUGCAACGGAAGAGCAAAUCGCUGAAUGGCCUACAGCUGGACAACAUCGACAGCCACAGCCACCAGGUCAGGACCCCGAUCCACCCGAGACUGGAGCGCCAAUCGAGUGCAAAAUCGAGGCUGAGGCGCAGCAGCCCACCGCGUCGGCAUGAAACCCACCCGCACACCGGUGCUGAGGAGUUAACGCAACAAGUACACAACAAGGAGUCUGGAACCCCGAUAUGGGAGGACAUAAAGUGGAGGGGCGUAUCUGAGGAAGGAGAACACACCCCUCUGAGUGAGCGCAGCAGGAAGGAAGGCAAAGGCUUCCGCAGCUCCUUCAAAAAACUCUUCAAGAAGAAGUCCAGUGGGGACAGUAAAGAAAAGGCCACUGAAAAGGCUGAAGGACAGAGCAGCAGUGAACUGGAGUCCGGCAGGUCAAACAGAGUAGCCCACCCUGGAGACAUCGACCGAGGCACUGCUGUCUGAAAAUAUACACCAAAAAGUGUUUUGCCCUCUACAGGACUGAGUUAACUACAGUUCAACAACUUGGGCCACAUUUCUAAAAAUUCACUGAAUCAUUUCACCUUGACUCAAUUUGAUUCAAUUACUCUGGUAUGAACAAUUAUUUUUAAAAAUACCUUGAGCUACUUAGGAACCACUUAUACAGUAGUGAAAGAAUAAUGCACAAAGCUUUUUUGUAGAUCCAUGCAAGAGAACUUCAUUCAUUUCAUUUCCUGUCAACGGCCAUUGAGUACAAGUUAUUCAUAUUUCAGAAGGUAUUUCUGAGGAAAUUAGAUAUAAUCAACUUGCA